AUGGACGACAAAAAGGUCUUGUCUGAAAGUGCCAGCACCGAAUCGGAGAAUGGAGAAGUGUUGGCAUCAACCUCGAAUCCUAAGUUCACGAAGAAACUGAUCCGAAAGGUCGACUGGGUCCUCAUCCCAUGGCUUGCCCUUCUCUAUCUGCUGAGCUUUCUAGAUCGCACAAACAUCGGCAAUGCCCGCCUCGCGGGUCUGGAGGAAGAUCUGGGGAUGUCGGGCCUUGAUUACAAUGUCGCCCUCGCCAUCUUCUUCCCCUUCUACGUUGCCGCCGAGAUCCCAUCGAACCUCAUGAUGAAGAAAUCCCGUCCCGCGCUCUGGAUCCCAACCAUCAUGGUGGCCUGGGGGGUGUGUUGUACGCUAAUGGGUUUGGUUACGAACUACCCUGGGCUUCUGGCCGCUCGAGCUGCACUGGGUAUUGCCGAAGGUGGUCUGUUUCCUGGUGUGACCUUCUAUAUCACCAUGUGGUACAAACGUCAUGAAUGCGGGUUGCGCAUGGCCAUCUUCUUUUCCGCCGCCACCGCUGCGGGCAAAGCGGGAUGGUCGUGGAUUUUCAUCCUUGAGGGUUUGGUGACCGUCGGGAUCGCUAUCGCUGCGUUCUUCAUCAUGAACGACUAUCCGGACACUGCAAAAUUCCUCACAGCGGAGGAAAAGCAUGCCAUCCAGAAGCGAUUGGAAGAGGAUCGUGGGUCCUUGGCCGACGAGUUCCGCAUGCAAUACUUCUGGGACGCGAUUAAAGAUUGGAAGAUCUGGGUGCACAUGUUCAUCACCAUCGGGAUCUACACUCCACUUUAUUCCUUUUCGUUAUUUCUGCCAACCAUUGUCAAGACGCUGGGCUACACGAAUGAGACAGCCCAGCUGAUGACCGUCCCGCCCUAUGUGGUUGCUUGUAUCUUCUGCAUUGGGGGUGGGUUCAUGGCAGAUCGUCAGAAGAGACGUGGGAUUUACAUGAUCUGUUUCAACAUCGUCGCCAUCAUCGGCUUUGUCAUGCUCAUUGCAUCCCAGAACCAGGCAGUCAAGUAUGCCGGUACCUUCUUCGCCGCGGCCGGCAUCUACCCAAACGUCCCUCAAGGAGUGGCAUGGAACGGUAACAACAUCGGAGGUUCUGUGAAACGCGGCGUCGGGAUCGCGAUGCACGUUGGUUUCGGCAACCUAGGCGGUGCGAUUUCAGGCUUCAUCUACCAGAGCAAGGACUCGCCGUACUUCUAUCCCGGACAUGGCACCCUGAUUGCGACUCUGACAAUGAGCACAAUCCUCUGCAUUAUCAUGCAUAUCUACCUGAGACGCGAGAACGCCCGACGUGAUCGGGAAUAUGCAAAGGCGCCGGAGGAUUACACUGAUGAGGAGAGGAGACUGGAGCGGGAGAAGGGUGACUAUGCCAGCUUUUUCCGAUAUACCAUUUAAGACAGGGGGAGGAGGCCGCUGGGUAUACGGCCAUUGCAUGGAAAGGAAUUGUUUGUUCACUCUUACGCUCAACAUAUAGUUACAGAAAG